UAUGAGGCGAGCGAGCCACACAACGCGCAUCUUCCCCAACGUCAUUCGGCAUUCUCGUGUUUAGCACCAUGUAUCAGUCGACACCAUUUCCACAACCUUUUCCUUGACCUGUCUCCCAUCAACCUUCAUGUUCGACCUGCCCUGGGAUGAGCGGUAGACUCCUCUCUGCGAGGGUCGCGCCUUUACUGCGCCAGCGAGGCGUCUCAGCACGUCUCCUUCACCACAACUAUGCUGGAACAAGAGCCGGAGGCCUGUUGAGGCCAAAUGCACGUCUUCCUCUGCGAGCAUGGCCGAUCGGGUCCAGCUCUAUACACAAUGUUCCCGCCGUCCGGUCCAUCUCCUUCGCCAGGAUUCUCCCAAAGCUCGCUCUGAAAAUGGCUCGCAUACCUGCAAUGUUUGGAGCGAGUAUCCUUGCCGCCCUAGCCUACAUCCAAUACCAAGCCGCCCAGGCCGGAACCUAUACCCUCAACGUCCUGAAGAAGGCCGGAGAAGCUGUUACAGAGACUUCUUCAAAUAUGUUCGAGGGCGCGAAGGGGAUCGUCAAUCAAAUAGGAGUCGGUUGGGAGCGCACAAAAGAAGAGGCGCAUCUCCCGGAAUGGCUCCAGCAGUUUUUUGACAAGGGAGAGGAGUCUGGCGACGGAGGGUCUGGACCACAAUCGCCUAAACCGAACAAAUCUGCUGCGGGAGCUGCUGCUGCCUCGGGCGCCGCAAUAGGAGUGGAACAAUCGAGUGAAGACGAUGAGCGGUCGGGUGCAGAGAUGGCACGGGAUGAUCAAAUGAUGGUCCUAACAAGAAAGAUGAUUGAGAUUCGAAGCAUUCUCAAUACAAUCGGUCAAGGGGGGGCUUUGACGCUACCGUCAAUCGUGGUCAUUGGAUCUCAAUCUUCUGGGAAAAGCUCAGUUCUCGAGGCUAUCGUCGGACACGAAUUCUUACCAAAAGGCUCUAAUAUGGUCACCAGGCGCCCGAUCGAACUCACACUGGUCAACACACCGGAUGCCAAAGCAGAGUACGGCGAGUUCCCUGCCCUCGGGAUGGGCAAGAUCACGGACUUUACACAAAUCCAAAAGAUUCUAACCGACCUCAACCUUGCAGUCCCCGCAGAGCAAUGCGUAACCGACGACCCUAUCCAGUUGUCCAUCUACUCUCCCAACGUUCCGGACUUAUCCCUAAUUGAUCUGCCGGGCUAUAUCCAGGUAUCGGGUAAGGACCAACCUUCUGAGCUCAAGCAGAAGAUCUCCGACCUGUGCGACAAAUACAUCCAGCCGCCCAAUGUCAUCCUAGCCAUUUCCGCUGCGGAUGUGGACUUGGCAAAUUCAACUGCCCUAAGGGCAAGUCGAAGAGUCGAUCCACGAGGCGAGAGAACAAUCGGCGUCAUCACCAAGAUGGACCUGGUCGACCCCCGCCGGGGCGUUGAAAUUUUGUCAGACCGAAAAUAUCCUCUCCGGUUAGGUUACGUUGGCGUGGUAUGUAAGAUACCACAGUCAGCUGGCCUUUUCUCCAGGUCUGGCGCCAAUGUGACAAGUGCCAUCAUUAAGAACGAGAAUGCGUACUUCUCAUCACAUCCGUUACAGUUUGGCCCGCAAUCAGAACUGGCCGUGGGUACAACCACUUUACGACACAAGCUCAUGCAUGUUCUUGAACAAACAAUGGCGGCGAGCCUGGCUGGCACGAGAGACGCUAUCGUACAAGAGCUGGAAGAAGCAACAUAUGAGUUCAAAGUACAAUACAACGACAGGCCGCUCAGCGCUGAGUCAUACCUGGCUGAAAGCCUGGACAGUUUCAAACAUUCCUUCAAGGAGUUCAGCGAGCACUUCGGCAGGCCUCAAGUUAGAGCCUUGUUGAAAGAUGUCCUUGAUCAGAGAGUGAUGGACGUCUUGGCCAAAAGAUACUGGAACAAACCAGUAGAGGAUCUAGCCUCCGUGCAGCCUGAAGCAGAUCCGUUAUCAGAAUUGCCCAAAGCUGAUCCGGGUUCGUUGUAUUGGCAGCGCAAACUGGACGCUUCGACAUCGGAGCUCACCAAACUCGGCGUUGGGAGACUGGCAACUACGGUGGUUGCAGCGGAACUGCAAAGCCAUGUCGACAAGUUGAUUGCAGCAUCAACGUUUGCUUCGCAUCCAUACGCGCAACGUUCAAUUGUCGACGCGUCAUCGAGCAUAUUGAAUGAUCGAUUUUACAGCACAAGCGAUCAAGUCGAAAACUGUAUCAAGCCAUUCAAAUUUGAGAUUGAAGUCGAGCCGAAUGAAUGGAACAAGGGACGCGAAAACGUUGGACAUGUGUUGAAGAAUGAACUGAAAGCUUGCGAAGCUGCGCAACGACAACUGGAAGACGGUAUCGGCAAAAGAAAACUCAAAGAUGUAAUGGGAUUCAUCGACCGAGUAAGGAAAGGAGAAGUUGUCCUAGAAGGAGAUGGGACCGGCGGAGCUGGUGGCUUUUCUGCAGCUCUGCUGCAAAAAGGUCGGGAAGCCGUUUUCCUUCGCGACCGUGCCGAUAUCCUCAAGAUGCGUCUGAUGGCGGUCAAAUCCAAGCAAUGCGCCAACCUCAAGAAUAAAUACAACUGCCCCGAGGUGUUCCUAGACGUCGUCGCCGACAAACUGACCUCGACGGCGGUGCUCUUCCUCAACGUCGAACUCCUCUCCGAAUUCUACUACAAUUUCCCUCGCGAGUUGGACCUGAGGCUUGGCCGACAUCUGGAGCCGAAUGAAAUCGAGCAAUUUGCAAGAGAAGACCCUAAGAUCAGAAGGCAUCUCGACGUCAUCAAGCGGAAGGAGAUGCUAGAGUUGGUGUUGGAGAAGAUCGAGAGUCUGAGGCAGUUGGAGGGUCGGACGAAGACGCAGCAGGUGAAAGCGUCCCAGGCCAAGGAGAGAGGGCGGUGGAGCCUUUUUUGAUGAACAAACAUAUUGAUGAUACCACCAUUUUGUAGCGUCUAUUACUCCGGUGUUGGGUGUUGAUAGAAAUGAUAUGUGGACAUGCCUCUCUC